AUGACGACCACGUCUCUGUCGCAGCCUCGGGCCAAGGAUGGCAAAACCCCUUAUCAAUCCCGAUUUGAAAAAUUUAGAAAACAGCAACGCAAAGAAGUGCCGCAAAGCAAAUUGAAGGGACCUCUUUUUGAUCAAAGUAAAUUGCAACGUUUCUGGCGUUUCCAACGACGUAUCGGCCCUGGUCUUAUCAACGGCCACAAUACCUGCUUUAUGAAUUCCGUCUUGCAGUGCCUCACUUAUACGCCACCUUUGGCCCAGUAUCUUUUGACAGGUGUCCAUCGAGAAAAAUGUACCAUGAAGACGUAUUGUGCGCUCUGCUCCAUGGAAACGCAUGUACGAAGAUGUUUCAAAGACCCCAAGAGUAUGACCAAAGGCGCGGCUAUUUUGCCCGGUUACUUUACCGGCAACUUAAAAUCCAUUUCGAAAAUGCUGCGAUUGGGACGACAGGAGGAUUCGCACGAAUUCAUGUUGUGUUUAAUGGACGCCAUGCAGAAAGCGUCCAUUCACGGUCUUGGUAAAUUGCAAAGCAAAGUGGAAGAAACGACCAUGCUGUAUCAGAUUUUUGGUGGCAAACUUCAAUCGCAGUUGAAAUGCUACAGCUGUAAAGCGACAUCGAAUACGUACGAUGCAUUUUUGGAUUUGAGUGUGGAUCUCCAUAAAGCCGACACCGUUCAAAAAGCGCUAGGCAACUUUACCAAAGUCGACAUUAUCGGCGGCAACGAUCCGAACAACAAAUACAAAUGUGAUGCUUGUAAGCAAAUGGUCACGGCGGGAAAGCAAAUGACGAUCAACAAACUGCCAAUGAUUUUGAAUAUUCAUUUGAAGCGUUUUGCGUUUGAUAUGCAAUACGGCGAUAUGCGGAAAGUGAAUACCAAGAUCCGAUUCCCGGAGGUGCUGGAUAUGAAGGAUUACAUCAGUAAAGGGAACAAUGAACGUCAAUCCACCGUAUAUCGACUCUAUGCGUUGCUUGUGCACUCGGGUUACGGAUGCCAUUCCGGUCACUACUAUGCCUAUGUGAAAAAUGCAGACGAAAAGUGGUAUUGCAUGGACGACGAAUGUGUGACACCUGCUUCACUCAAGGAAGUUCUCUCACAGCAAGCGUACAUGCUCUUUUAUACGCAAUGCCCUACAGACGCACCAUCAGAGACUGCAAAGCCUUCCACCCCGCCGCCGGCUGUAAGCGAAGCGAAAGACACUCAGCAGCAGAAUAAGAAGAAGGAGGUUAAAGAGGCGAAGGAGGAGACGGAACCUAUGCCGAAAGCAGAACUCAAGAGAAAGAGCAGUGAUGAAGAAUCAACAGAGACGAAUGCGCAGGUUGCGGUUAACAAGAAGCGAAAGACAGAAGUCAAGGAAAAACGACCGAUCAAGAAGGAGGAGAAGCCGUAUGUGGUGGUAUCCGAUCAUCCGGGAGCUUGGGUCGUGGGUACCAUUGAAGACACGUUCCAGUCUUUGCGCGGCAAUUUAUCGCCUCCGACGUUUACAGCUGCUGUGAGCGAUGAGAGUACCUGGGAAGUUUUACCUGACAUUGAAGGUCCUCACUCGCAACAAAUUACGCUCAAAUGGUUGAAGCGAAUGGCCUCGUGGCGAGUGGAAGAUGCAUCAUGA